CCGAUCCUGCCGCUGGUACCUCCUUCAUUACCCACUACAGUCCGAUCCCUGCAUUGGACACCACGUACUAUGUCCCCUCCUCGAGCGCGUCGCAAGGAGAUAGCGGAGGAUACCCUCGCGAGAACCCCUGAUAUUGUCGCGUCUACUCCCGGCGCAUCGCUCGAUUCCACCUUCAUCGCGUCGCAGCUGCCACCUCUCGAUCGUUCCAAAUCGCCCGACUUCCCUUCGUCCAAGGUCAGCGUGAUCAACUCAGAUUCAUUCAGAGCUGCCCGCGGGAUUAUACGAGAGCACCCGGAGGAAGCUAAUGGUAAAGUGGCGGUUCUGAACCUUGCCAGCGACGAGGUGCGGGCUGGCGGGUGGUUGUACAGCUUGACCUCGACCCAAGAAGAGGCGCUAUGCUAUUCUUCUACGCUUUACGCGACCCUCAAGGAAGAAUAUUAUCCGUGGCCAAACCUGGGUCCCGGCUCGGUAGCGGGUGUAUUCUCUCCCGCCGUUGUGGUGUUCAAGGAUGAUUUGGACCAUGACUGCGUCGACUUGCCCGAGGAUGAGCGUAUUUUGGUGUCUGUGAUUACGGUCGCUGCUCCGAGGGGCCCGAAACUCACACCGGACGGAGAAAGCCUUGCGAGGGAGGAAGAUAAGCGAGACUUUGAAGGAAAGAUCAGGCUGGUGUACCGUAUGGCGGCAUCAAAUGGGCAGCAUUAUAUGGUUCUCGCUGCCAUGGGCUGUGGUGCUUACGCCUGCCCACCUCGGCAAGUGGCGAAUAUGAUGAAGUCCAUCCUGCUGGAACCGGAAUUCAAGGGGUGGUUCCGACGGGUCGUAUUUGCGGUGUAUAGUUCCACCCGUAAUGGACCGGGUAACUAUGGGAUCUUCAAAGAGAUACUGGAUGGUGUAGAGUUGUAAGUACGUGCAACUGUUGUACGAAUAAUUGGGUAAGGAGCUUUGGAUGUGCGCCAGAGCCGUUUCGCAAGACUAGGCGAUGCAUAUGGAUGUGUUGGCGCUCGGCCGCACACUUGGGUCUGGGUCCUCGCUAGGGACCACAAGGAACGC